GCCCUCCCCGUGGCGGAGCUGCGGUCCCCGUCUCGGUCGCUUGCGCGCAGCUGCGGUGCGGGGGCAGCGCGGGAGCGGGAGGCGCUCUGGAGCCCGUCGAGGCGGAGGCGGCCGUGCGGGCCGAGGCGCCCGAAGACGAUGAGGACGAAGAGGAGGCGUUGCCACACUCCGAGGCGGUGGAUGUGUUCCAGGAGGGUCUCGCCAUGGUCGUGCAGGACCCUCUGCUCUGCGACCUACCGAUCCAGGUUACUUUGGAAGAGGUCAAUUCCCAAAUAGCACUAGAAUAUGGCCAAGCAAUGACGGUCCGAGUGUGCAAGAUGGAUGGAGAAAUAAUGCCUGUGGUUGUGGUACAGAACGCCACAGUCCUGGACCUGAAGAAGGCCAUUCAGAGAUACGUGCAACUCAGGCAGGAGCGCGAAGGAGGCAUUCAGCACAUCAGCUGGUCCUAUGUUUGGAGGACCUACUACCUGACCUCCGCAGGAGAAAAGCUCACAGAGGACAGGAAGAAGCUUCGAGACUACGGUAUCCGGAAUCGGGAUGAAGUGUCCUUCAUCAAAAAGCUGAGGCAAAAAUGACCCUCCAGACAAGGACAGCUCUGUGCUGGUGGCCUGUAGCCAGCUGGGAAACAGCUGAACCCUAGGUCCAGACAACCUAUCACGUGGCAAAUGGGCCUGGCCCUGUGUACAAAAUAAAUCUACUUGCUUCUUAUUUCGAAAA